AUUUUUAAAGAACUUCCGCUGUGGCUCGUACUAAGGCUGCGUCACUUGACUUUACGGUAUAAAUACACGCUGUUCCCUUUGAGGUAAAAGGGAUUCCCAAUUUUUACCGCUUCUUACCACAAGGAAGGUUCCCGCUCAGCCGUCACCAUGGUUCAGAAUGUCGAGAGUUUGGUGAGUUUUUCUUCUUCUUCAUUCAUUCGUGAGGAGCUUUUUAUUCAGAGACAACAAGAACCGUUACUGUUCAGACCGUGUGGCGGGUGUUUUCGGCUCACUUAACGCUCGAGACUAUGGUGUCCCACCGGUCGGACUGUCGCGCGCACAGUGCCUUUAACCCCCCGACCCUUUCCUGAGAUUUUAACGGGAUUUCUCGCCUCUUAAAUCGGACUCGACGAGCAGAAAGUUACCGUUAACCGCCGGGUUGUGACACACCGUCGAGAUGCUCCCUCUGCCGUUCGUGAAUGUAUGAAUCUCGAAGGAGCUCGUGCUGUUGCAGACGUUAGCCGCCACCAUGUGAGUCCGUGUGGACCUCCACCAUCUUCGACACCGGCCGGAUAAAGACACCGUCGGGCUAUAGUCGAAAUGAUCGAAAGUCCGGCUACACUUCGAACAUAAAGAACUUAAUCUCGUAUCAACGUGUGUCGGCUUGUGGCCUCCAUUAGGAUCCGUUAGGCUUUAAUCGAAAUGUUUACUUUAUAACUGGUAUUUUGGUGUUUAGUUGUAGAAAUGAAACACUUCUUUAAACAUUAGCUGUUAAAACUGACUGAUACUGAGAUUGUGAGACUUGAAUUAAAGCUGUGCUAAGUUAUAGCUAACAUAAGCGCUAUUGCUUUACAAUGUACAGCAGGCCAUAACCGGAUCAUGGUCUGAUAGGGACAGUAAUGUGCUCUCAUGUUAUACAAGAUAUUGUAAUACCCACAACAUAGUGUAGCUGUAUACUUCUUGUAUUUGAAUACCCUUCAAAGUUGUACACUUGUGCAUUUUAAGACAAUACAAGAAGAAAUUGGUGUGUAUAGUAUUUUAGUGAGCUUAGUCUGAUGUUUUUUUAAUGCAUUCUCUCCAAAGGUGGGUAAAUACUUCAAAGUGUAGAGAGUAGGUGGGUGUUUUGUGUGCUGACAUUAUGGGACACCUAGAUAAAUCAAACCUUCUGUCUAACUAAGUCUCCUUUUGUUGGAAGUAAACCAAACAUAGCGCUCUCAAAGUAAAACAUGACAAAAAAGUUCCUCAUAUGAUCUAAGUCUAUGUGGGAUUGUUGUGUUUGUCCGAGCUGGAGUGUAAAUCCAGUAAAUUAAAAGCAUCUGUUUUAACAGACUGAAAGUGAAAGCGUUUAUGUUUGAAGAAGCGUUUGGUGUAAAUUUGCAGAAGCUUUUUACUGCUGAGUGAAUACAGACAGUAGCUGCAGGCCAUAAGGGUGUGACAGUCGGAUCCAUAGCCCUGAUUCACUACAAUGUUAUGUCAUCCAAACCUCAGCGCACCAGAUAUCAGAUUUAGUGGUUUUAAAAGAUUUGCGAAGAAUGUGUUCUUGUGUUGAAGAUGAGGUAGACUGUACAAACAAUCAUUUGGAUUUCAAUUAUAGAAUUUAAAGCUCCUGUAAGAAGUUUUAAGGUGGUUGUGAAAACGGCAAAAAUUGAAAUCAUGUCGAUAUCAGCAAAUAGAGGAGAGGUACAAAGAGGUACUUUGCUGAGGAGCUUUAAACCAUUGACAGGUUCAGUGGACCAACACUCUAGUAUCUAAGGCUACGUUCAUACUGCAGGUUAUUCUGAUUUUUUGUUAAAUCCGAUCUUUUUGUGCGGUCGUCCACAUUACAACAACGAAUGCGGCAUCUAACGUGAACGGAAUGCGUCAGUGAAGUGACCCGCAUGCGCACAAAGCACAAAUUGCUUUCCGCUCCUGUUUGUGUUGUCGAACAAUGGUGACGUUUGUCGCAUAUUGAUGGCGUAUAUGUCGGGUGAACGCGCCUGAGCGUCCACACUGCAGUCACAUCGGAUACAUAUCUGAUUUAUAUCCACAUACAAAAAAAAGGCUGGGUCAGAUUUGGAAAAAUCAGAAUUGCACUGUUCACAUUUACAUGAAAAAAUCAGAUAUGUGUCAGAUAUGGUUAAAAAAUGGGAAUUGACCUGCAAAUAUUUUAGUAAUCGAGUAUUCUUCUGCAUAGUCUACUGAUUACUCGAGUAUUGGACCCAAACGGCAGACUCACGUAAAGUUAGAUUUCUUAUAGCCAGACUCGGAUAAAUAGAGGACAACAGUGGAACAAGUGUGUGCGUUAGCGGACUGCAAUGCUCAUAAGAAAGCUAAUUAUGAAAUCAACUUUAAUCAUGCCCCUAAAGACAUUAGUGUCCAAGAGCUGAAUAGUCUCUCUGUUACCUGCCUCUGCUACGACAUUAGCAAUGUUAGGCUACGAGCUAGCGUGAAGAGAAGUGUGCAGAGUCGCUAGGUUGGCAAUUUGAAACAGUGACAAUUUUAGCUUAUAAACGAGUACUUGAGGCAGAGAAAAUUCCUCGAUCAUUAUUUGUAAUGGAGGUAUUCGAGGAAUCGUUUCAGCCCUAUAUCUAAGAUAUUGAAAUUUGAAGCUCAUCGUGAGACUUACAUUAUGGUUUUGAAGUUCAGUGCCAAAUUAAAAAUGUUUUUAUUUUGUGUGUUUUUUUUUUAUACCUUUUAUGUAGGAGGAAUUCCAAAAAAUCCUGAAGGAUGCUGGAGACAAGCUGGUGGUGGUGGACUUCACAGCCACGUGGUGCGGUCCCUGUAAACAGAUCGGCCCAAAGUUUGAAGUGAGUCAAUGACUUUCAAAAUGACAGUGAAAUGGUUUUAAAAGUCAGCUUUUGUAAGCUGGUAUCUCCGAUUUUUUCUCCAUACUUUACCUUUAAUAUUAAGACACAUUCAUUUCUGCUCAGCUAACUAGAGAAGUUCCCUCCUGUCCUGAAGGAUUCAAACAGCAGCUGGAGCAUCUCUUCAGAGAGGCUGCUUGUUGCUCUGGCAACCCUUUGUUAACCUGUUUCAGCCUCAAGUGGGAGAAGCCCUCUUACUGGAAACAUUUUGCAAGACCUUGAAGACAUAACAAAGUGAAUUUUUUUCCCUCUUGCAGGAAGAGUCCAAAAAUCCCGACAACAAGAACGUGAUUUUCCUGAAGGUUGACGUGGACGAGGCUGAGGUAGGUCCACACUGUGGGGUAGAGGGGAGUAUUUGGUAACGCUUGUCCACGGGUGCAUUGAUCAAAGCACUUCCUCCUCGGGUUGGAUCUGUUGGAGCGUAACUACGCUAUUAAGACUCAAAACAAUGUGGAGUAUUUGUGAAAUCCACUCCAUGAGGCUGUGGGGGUUCACAGCUGGCUCAUGUGACCAACAUUUCCAGCCUCAGUGAGAGAAGAACAAACUUUGCUGGCUACUUUUUUAGUAGUUAUUUUCUAGUAAGAGGACAUAGUGACUUGCUAACUGGGCUAGUUGGUAUUUAGCUGAAGUUACACAGAUGAACCCAACAAAUUCUGGUCAUUUCACUACUUACCAGUUAUUCGUCACUGAAAAGAGUCACGAGGGAGGAAUCCGGUUGUAUUUCAGGACGACAUAGCGGCAGUAUUGGCUUUGAGAGGGCAAAUGUUGAUAUGACGCCGAUUACAUCAGGCGUAAACACCUUAUCAAUAUAGUAGCCAUGUAAGCUAGCUACUAGGCCGGGGCGAUUUGGCAAAAAAAAUGAUCACAAUUUGUCGUAUUGUCCGAUCUCGAUUAUUAUCACAAUUUUUUUUAAACGGACAGUUUUAAAGCAUCUGUACUAAAAACUAAAGAAACUAGAGAUUAGUUCAACAUUUUAUUAACAUACGAAGUGAAUAAGAUACACUUAGAAAAAUAUAAAAAUAUUUUAAUUCAACAGUACUACAAAUGUAGAUAAAUUCCAAGUAAUACAGAGAAUUAGUUUACAGUCCUGAGUGUUUAUGCAGGUAUGCAAGACCCAAAAUAAACAAAUCGCCCCCUCAGAGAUAAUGAAGACGCCUUCAAAUGUAAACAUUAGAUGAUGUAAACAUUAGAUGAUAUGAUUCAUUGCUGCUUUGGUCUGGUGGCUGCACUGCUAGUUGUGGCUAAACAGCUAAUGCAACUCGUGAUUUGUUGUGUAGCUGGUUUUGAGGGCACCAACCCGCCGACAUACCCUGCCCAUUGGCCUAAUUACUCGGCGUCACUUUCGAGAUACCAAAACCACCACCACACCCAAACCACCACCACAUAACCGACGUUGACUAACUUCUCAACAAUAAGAUCUUUGGAGGAUGACUCAAAGUCAGAGCUGACAUUUAAUUUGCUGCCCUCAGCUCCGCGUUUAGCUCCACGUUCGGUCAUUCUGUUUACUUCUCCGAUAACAUACAGAAGUGAGCAGGAAAAGCUUGACUCUGUAUAGGUGUGUACGCUUGUUCUAUGGUAGCGUUAUGCUAGCUGUGCACUACUGUCUCGCAAAAGAGUCUGCUAUGAUAUGGUUGAGUGCUAGCAUUAGAUGUUGUCAAAGAAAGGACGUUGGGUUACCUUUACGUGUGACCAGAUACCCCUUUAGACAUCCUCCACAGAUUGUCAGUGUAAACUAAUACAAUCAUUACGGUAAUGAACAGCCACCCCACUUCCUCCCUCCAUUGUAGGAUACAUUUCUCAUUGAUAAAGAGGCAAAUGAACCAAAUGUGUUUGGUCUGUGUUUGCUAGUUUGCAUGAGUGUUUUUGUUCAACUGUUUCCUCUUUGCUCUUACAGGAUGUGAGUUCACACUGCGCGAUCAAGUGCAUGCCUACAUUCCAGUUUUACAAGAAUGGAACUAUGGUAAGCACUGCAUGUAAAUAAUGUAAAAUAUAAACAGUAUACAGUAUGCCAAGACUAUAAAUUUGAUGGUUCAGACUGGAAUAAUACUGAUUAAUUCUGCUUUUCCCCCUUUUUUUGUUCCAGAUUGAUGAGUUUUCUGGAGCUAAUCUCCCCACGCUUCUCGAGAAACUGCAGGCUCACAGGACAUAGAAACCACCAUCGCCGUCUGUGCAUGCUGAAGAAAUUCCCGUUUGACUCUUUGUACAAUAAACACCAGGUUGUCUUUUUUUCCCCACAUGGGCAACAAUAAUUUAUUCCACUCAUCAUGUGUUAGUCCGCUCAGUGUGUUUGUAAUGACUGUCCUUAACAAAUGACUGAAACCGAAACCUUUUUAAUUCAGUUUUAUACGGAAAAAUUGGCUCCUGACUCCACAACUGUCCUUGUGUUGUAUCCAGCAAGGUGGAUUUAAUAAAUGAGUUACAGAAACAUCA